CCGAUAGAACGCACUCAGUCGAUUUUGGGCUGAUGGGUGUCGGUGUUUAGUUGUAGUUACAUUUCUGCUGUGGAAAUUUGAGUGUUAGUGAUUAGUACCUCAAACAAAAUGAAGCUUAUCUAACUUAGUUAUAAUUUUCUAUGAUGCAGUCCAUUGUUUGGACUGGGAGGCUUUUGUCUCGUGCCUUGUGGAAUGGUCUUUCUAAUUAUUCGAACUGUGCUGAUCCGAAUAUCAACAGAAGGCACGAAUCCCGUAUAGUUUCUGCUGUAUGUGGUUUUCCGAAAGAACUGGCUCAUGCAAGACUGAAAAAAGGACAGUUUGGUGAUGAUGCUUGGUUUACUGCGAAAUAUAAAUCAGCAGACGUUAUUGGAGUGGCAGAUGGUGUCGGUGGCUGGCGGCAUUAUGGAAUCGAUCCUGGAGAGUUUUCAGCAUUUUUGAUGCGAACGUGUGAACGACUGGUGUCAAGUGGGAAGUUCAUUACGACAGAGCCUGCGGGCCUUCUUGCCAGAAGCUACUAUGAGUUGCUUGAGAGCAAGCAGCCAAUUCUAGGAAGCAGUACCGCGUGUGUUAUUGUGCUCAAUCGUGAAACACACACAGUUUACACAGCAAAUAUUGGGGAUAGUGGCUUUGUAAUUGUUCGUCAUGGAGAAGUGGUACAUCGGUCUGAGGAACAGCAGCAUUACUUCAACACGCCGUUCCAGUUAUCGCUACCGCCCCCAGGCCACAGUAACUUGGUGCUUAGCGACAGGCCAGAAUCAGCUGAUAUGUCAAACUUCCAAGUUGAAGAUGGUGACGUCAUACUUCUAGCAACAGAUGGAGUGUUCGACAACGUCCCUGAUCAACUGUUGAUCACAGAAUUGAUAAAGGUUCAAGGGGAACGGGAUCCUACAAAGAUCCAGGGUGUUGCUAAUACCAUUGCUCUCAUGGCAAGAAGCCUAGCAUUUGAUGGCAACUUCAUGUCUCCAUUUGCACAGAACGCUCGGGAGAAUGGCAUCGAUGCUAUUGGUGGUAAACCGGAUGAUAUAACAGUACUUCUAGCUACAGUGGCGAUAUGAAGACCAGGAUUCUUGGUUAGUAGUUCGAGAUUCUUUUGUAUCAUAGUUCCGUAAUUUUCUCGAGACCUGGAUUAUUAGUCAGUAGUUCAUCAACAUUCUUUUGUACAGUAGUCCGUCAUGUUUACAGUAUGUUUUAAUUGCUUUUUCAUACACCACAUGACAGUUUUCUCAUGGCCUAAUGUCGCGCAUAUCGUCAAGAGGGGAUCACACUUUAUAUUUGGUAGGAACGGUCAUUUGAAAGUGAAAGUGUGGCAUGAAAUUCUGCCAUUUAAGUAACAGGGUGUGGAACACCCGUCUGUCAUGCCGUGGUAUAUUUAUAUGUAGCGUACUUGCUAGAGUGGAUAAGGUGUCCGGAGGAGAUUAUUUCUCAUUAUGUACAUAGUCGAUCAUCUCUUCAGCUGUCAUAUUGUUUUGAUGGCUGGGUUCGUUCGUGCGUCAUCAUUGCUAUUCUUGACAAUGCACCUGUUGAACUUAUUUUAUCUUAGUAACUGUGUGUAUAUUAGUAUGCAAGAAGUCGUUAAUUUGGAGAAUGACCUCUUGUAUCAGUGAAGUGUUGUAGUGGUGCUAUGUGGAAGUCUAGCAGCCACCGACGUUGUGAAAAUAGCAGCAUGUGUAGCAACGUCGUUUGUAGGCGUGGAGCUCUAUAAAGAGGAAAUUAUGUCGUAUGAUACUGCACAGAAGCAAGUGAUAACUUACUUGUGUCGAAGAAAAUUUACUGGUGGUAGCUGAAUGCUAGAACUUUAAAAAAUGAAGAUAAUUAAAUGACAUCUAGUCUUUCAACACAAGUCUUUAAGAGUACUAUUAGUACUUGAAGGCUGGUUGAAGUACGAAGAUCUACAGCUGUUAAAUUAUUAAUGAUUAUAAUUAUUCCUUUUAACGCAUUGCUUCAUUUGCAGACUUCAGAUUAUUUUCUUACUUGUUAUUCAGAUUGUCCAUCAUGGUUUAUUUUCAUACUGCCACUUUUGGUGCUGCAGGAAUAAUUAAUUGUUAAUGUUGUAAGUAGUAUUGUCUGUUUUGAAGUUGCCUCGACUAGUAGAAGUUGAAAUUAAUGUCCUUUUUAAGAUGGCUGUUGCAGGUAACAUGAUGUUCAUGAAUUGUCAACCUCUGACUAUUAAAUCUUUUAUUCUGUAAAAUAUCUGAGAAUCACAUUUUGUACCACUUGUGUGCCAGACGUCCCUUCCGCCUCCCCAUGAGUGGUAUCUCAGUACAGAUGGAACUGGAAACAGAAAUUUCCGUGUAAUCAUUAUUACCCCUUAAAACAAAUUCUAAGUGAUGCCAUUUUCAUGGGAUUUGUUCACAGUACUGUUGUAUUUUCAUUAUUUGAUCCUCAAUAAAAUUGUUUUAAAGGUUA